AGCAGUCCUGGAUUGUGAGAGGAGUUCCAUACUGGAGAGGGUGCAGGCUGGGCUGAGGGAUACACACCCUCAUGCAUGAAUUUCAUGCACGAGGGCCUCUAGUUAGGGAAUAAAGCAGAAGAAAAGCGGGAAGGAAAACUGCACGAGGGACUGCUCAGUGUGGCAGAUGCUGUGGUCACAUUUGUUUUCCAUGCUGCUCUUAUGUUUCCACCCUAACUUAUAAAAUCUUCAAGUGAAUGUUGUGGUUAUUUGCAUAUAUGUUAAAGCAUAUAGGUUAUCUUGUCCAAAAGAUAAAAAUGUACAUUUCCCUUCUAAAGUAUGGAACCUCAAGGUCUUUGUGAUAAUGGAAACCAAAAAAUUGAUUGGUAAAUCGCUUCAACCAGCAAGACCUGUUCGACAUCUGGCUUCUCCCUCUGGAGCAGUAUUCCCUUUCAACUUUCAAAAUGAAUAUCCAUGCAACACUCAAUACUUGCAAAGUGGAGUUAGCCGAUGUAAGGCAAAUGGAAUGCAGGCCUUUUCUCAGGGUCUCGGUGAGCAACCGCAACAUCAGUCUCCAGUUAAAAAAGAGAGAAUUAAAUACAGCAGAGAUUUCCUAUUGAAGCUCUCAAGUGUUUCCAUCUGCAGGAAAAAACCAGACUUUCUGCCUGAUCAUCCCAUUGUACUUCAAAAACCAGAAAACAACCAAAGUUUUAAGGAACACUUUAAGAACAGAUGACUUUGAAGAUAGAUAAUUAUUUGUUUUAUGUUUUGGACACCUGCAAAUGAAGUGGAUCUAGUAACAAUAACUGUAAUGGACUGUGACAAUUCAAUUUAUUUUUAAUUUUGAUGGUUGGGUAUUUGGUUUCUCCUAAAAUGAGAAAGAGAUAUUUUAAACUAUAAAGAAUUUUCUAAUCAGCUUCAGCUUUUCAAGCACUUUCCUGAAUAUAUUGGGAAGAAGCACAUAUGGCUAGCGACCUGGGAAGACUGUAUUGAUAACUUGCAUGUACUUGCAGCCUUUUGUUUUUAUCACCUGUAAUAAUGGAAUGGAAAUAUAAGCUGUAAAGAUCCUCAAAUAUAAAGAAUGUGCUGGAUGUGUAGAUGGCA